AUGCCACCGAAACGUGUGGCUAAGGCCAAAUUACAUCAAUUGGCUGUGGAACUACCAUUCAAAACAAUCAUCUCAGACUUGAGCACGAAGAAGCAGUACUGUGUCGGGCGACAGUUCGCCACUGGUGGAUUUGGUCGCAUCUACACGUGUAAUGAGGUUGGGUCCAAAACGGAGCUCGUCGUCAAAGUUGAGCCAUACGGUAAUGGACCACUGUUCACCGAGUUGAAUGUUUUCGUACGGAUAUUCAAACCGGAUCAGAUUGCGCAGUUCAUGCGCGAAAGAAAACUGAAACGUUUGGGAGUUCCGAAGAUGAUUUCUGGUGGCAUUCAUCAGCACGGUGACGACAAGUUGAGAUUUCUCGUUAUACCGAAAUACGCAACUUCACUGGAAACAAUCCGUGAGAAACGAAAGACUUUCACGCAACAUGAAGUGUGGACGAUUGCACGCUGUAUGAUGGAAAGCCUUGAGUACAUACAUUCCAAGAACUACACUCACGCUGACAUAAAAGCUGGUAACAUAUUGCUGGAGAAAGCGGACGACUUCUCAACAAGUGUGUUAGCCGAUUUUGGACUGGCCAGAAUGUCGAGUAGUAACGAGGACAAGCCGGACAAAAAGAGAGCGCAUAAUGGUACUGCCAUCUUCACCUCAUGCGAUGCCCACAGAGGAUGUCAACCAUCGUAUCGAGGAGAUCUGGAAAUACUUGCAUAUAACAUGUUAUACUGGUUGAGCGGUUCUCUACCAUGGGAGGCUUACGAAUCGAAUCCCGAUAAAGUUUAUCAAAUGAAGGAAGCUUUUCUCAAAGGACUACCGUCAAUUCUGAAGCAGCUGUUGAAGAAUAACCAAGACAGUGUCGCUCCACUAAACGAGAUAGCCGAUGAUGUGCUGAAGCGCGCAGCACCGUCUCGUCAAGGCAAGCGUAAAACUCCGGAUGAAACUGCUGAGGUGAAAAAGCCAACACCAGCGAAGCGCAAUAAAAUUGCAUCCUCGCCACGCUACGGCACUCAGCGAGACAGGGUUCGCAACACACCUAAGGAUUCACCAGUUAGACAUGUUAGGUUGAGAGCAGCAGCGAAGCCUGACAUCAGGGUUUUGGAUCGGACGAGCUCUCCGAGGGUACCAAGGUCGUUACCAAGCCCAGAUACCUGCUCCUCUUCAUCACCACCACAGCAAUCACUCCAGAAACCAAGUCCAUCGGCUCGUGUACGGGCGCAUGCCAAACGUCUGCCUUCAACAAUUAGCAGGAAGUCGCCGAGAUUAGCAGCUGGAGGGAUUGUGCCAGGGUUGUCAGUACGCCGUGCUCCAUGUUCACCAUUGAAUGUGCAGUUGGCUUCUUCGGAUAACAAGGGUUUGGGCUGUAGUACGCCUGUAAAUGGGGCAGGGUCCUCAAGGCAAUCAGUGGAACGUGUCACAUCGGACGUCAAACGAAGUCCAAACAAGCUUCGUAAAAUACCGGGAAUGCAGAACUUUGCUCGAGGUCGACGAUCAAUAGUUAUUGAUCAGAUUACCAAAAAAUACAAGAGAAUUGCUGAAAAGAAGAACCGCUUGUCAUAA